AUGAACUUUCUUUUUCUGAUAUUUUUGCAUCGAACCUUUUCGAAACCAAAUGAGGAGCAAGAAACCAAAACUCGCCAAGUUAUCUGCCAUUACGAUGAGCCCUGCAAUGAUGCUUGUACUGCUGAUGUCUGCGAGUACUUCUGGAACAUUGAGUAUCGACUAACUAACACCUGGCGAACGCGAGAUUACGGGCAGCGAACAAAUGUAGCAAAGGGUUCUCUUCGUGAUUUCUCGGUGACUUGGAACCACACACGCCAUAACCUAGACAUUGUCCAGAUCGGGCUUACCGCCAAUACUCCAUUUCUUGUCGAUCAAAAAGGUAACACCCUCAACCCCCUGAACGAGCUAGAGAACCUUUUCUUCACCGACGGCCAGGAAGAACGCCGAGUUAUUACAACAAACGGUCAUUUUCCCGGUCCGAGUGUUAUCGUAAAUAAGGGGGCGAAGGUCAUUAUCCAUGUAAAAAGCGCACUUCAUGAUCAGGCAUUUACCCUCCACUGGCAUGGGCAACAUAUGAUGAACAACUACUGGAUGGAUGGAGGAGCGAUGUUCUCUCAGUGCCCAGUAAACAGUUUCAAUGAGUUUACAUACGUCAUCGAGGCUGAAAACACUGGAACGCACUGGUAUCACUCGCACAAAGGACUGCAGCGGGCAGAUGGACUUCAUGGAGCAUUCAUCGUCCUUGAAGAAGAAGAACAAAAAGACCACGCGAACAAAAUUCCAUUUGUUAUGACCGACUGGUAUCGAGAUGAUUCUGACUUUCUCGCUGCUGCGGAUCCCUACCGUUAUGGCUUCUCUGGUGGAGAUCGCUUUACUGGAACUGGAGCGCGAACAUGCACCACUCCGGAGAAGGGUUUUCUCAACGGGGCAAAAGUGAGCAGCUACUGCGUCGAUUCAAUUUUGGUCAACGGCCAUGGGCAAUUCCGACAUAAAAAUGAUUCGUCAGAGUUUUCUAUCGGCGAGCAGUUUGUCCUUCCUUACGAAACAGAAACUGUCGAGUUGAAAGCAAUCCACGCCGGCUUCGAAGUUCCAAUUCUAGUUCGACGAGCUGAUAGUUUGCCUAUUUAUGCGACUGGAACUGAUGGUAGAAGAAUCAAGUCAACAGCUGGACAUGGACUGAUCUUCGGAGUUGGUGAGACGUGGAAUAUUGAAAGCGAAUUAAACGGACUUGACGAGAUUGAGUUCAUUGCUGAAAUCAUGGUCGAAGGAUACGGACAUGUGGUUGACCCGGACUACCAGCUUAGCCCUCGACCUUUUGUAAGAGUCUCUGUUAAGCGAUCUUCAGCCCCGUUUCGCGGAGAACGCAUCCGGAAUCUCGUCGCUCUUGAGCCCUGGAAAGACAUGCCACCUCCUCUAAGACCUCACGAAGGCAGGGAUGUUACAGAAUUUAUGGACUAUGACGGAAAUUUGGAUCAUCCUAGUUUCACUUAUCUCAACUGUCCGCUGGCCAACUACCGUGGCUUCAAUUGCGUUGGAAUAAUGGAUUUUCUUCGAGAUGAAAGCAUCGAAGCAGAUGCUUAUCAGUACGAUCCAGCAGAGAUUCAUGAAGAGCCAGAUCAAGUCAUUGAAUUGAAUUUGAAUCUUGCUCGAGGAUCGUCAAUCAACGGGAUCAAAUUCGCCUAUCCAUACCGACCCUUUUUCGAUGGAAUCAAGGACGAGUAUAUAACGCCUUGCACUGAAGAAAUUCUAGGAGAUGAGGGGAACAGAACUUGUACGCAAAUUUUCACAGUCCAAAAAGACGAGCUUGUUGAGAUACGAAUAUCCGCUGCUCAUGAAAUCACAAACGAAAACUCCCCGUACGAGUGGACUUAUCACGCGCUUCAUUUGCACGGCUACGAGUUUUUUGUCCAGGAACUUGGAUUUCCGAGACUUGAUGAACAUAGAAAAAUUAUUGGACUUGAUGAUGCGUUGACAUGUAUUGGUGGAAGCCGCUGUCCAAGAGUAGAAUACAGAGAAGACAUUUUGAAGACUCGAAGAUUGCGAAGUAAGAACACCGUCGCGAAGAAUACGAUUCUAGUCCCGGCAAUGGGCUACGCGAUUGUCCGCUUCCGGGCGACUAAUCCUGGAAUCUGGCCUAUGCACUGUCAUCAACUUUUCCACAAUGCCCAAGGAAUGGCCGUUGCAUUGAAUGUUGAAGACAAGGAAGAGAACAAGCCCUAUUCUUAUUUGCCGAAAGAUUUUCCGACCUGUGCAGAUUAUGAUCCAACUACUUUGAAGAAAAACUCUUUAAAAAAGACAUGGUUCAAACGCUUCCUUGCAAUCAUCACUCAUCAUAUAUUCUACUCCUCCUCCAUUUCUUUGGUGCUACUAUCUGCUCUUGUCUUUGUCAUAAAAAGCGUUAUAUUGCCGAAGAUUAAAAAUCGUCAUCAAUACAAACCCGUAAAAGAAGAAGACAACGAAGAUCAACCACUUAUUGAACAUGAUGAUUUGCAACACGCGCUUGAUUGUCCACACUACACUCCAGCAAACGAAAACGACAACGAUGAAGAGGAUGCUUGUGAGCAUAACAACAUCGCGAGCGUCUUCGGCACCGAACAAUGGAACGACUAG